AUGUCCACAACCACCGAGACUGCGCAACCAGAGCAAAGAACCAAGCCAGCCGGUAAGGUUCGUAAGAGAGCUGCAAAGGCAUGUCUGUCUUGUCGGGCGCGGAAAGUGAGAUGCGAUGUCUCCCAAAGAGGAAGGCCUUGUAUGAACUGCUACCUGGAUAGCGAAACGUGUGUCGUAACAGGGAGAGCUUCUAGAUUACAAUGUUCAAGCGUCGUACCCACCUUACGAAACCGAUCAGAACAACAGCGAAAAGACAGCAGAAGAUAUAAUGUGACAUCGUUCCUCGCAUCUGAGGCACCGCUUUGGGUAGGGGACCAGAGGAUCCACGUGAAUGCAGAUAUCACGUAUUCUUACUAUCCUUUCUUGAGCAUGAACAACCUCCCCAACAUUAUGCCGCAGGAUGUGAAUUAUCUGGAGUCGCAAGGUUGCUUUCGUGUACCUACGCGAGAGAUUCUCGAUGAAUUUGUACAGCAAUAUUUCCUACAUGUCCACCCAGUCCUCCCAAUGCUCAACGAGGGCGAUUUUUGGGAUAUGUAUGGCGACUCAGGACACGGCGGAUCAGGGGAACGGAUGUCGUUGCUUGUAUUGCAGACGAUGUUGUUUUCGUCCUGCAAUUUCGUGUCGAAAACCAGCAUCAAAUCACUCGGAUACCCAAGCAUUCGGGCUGCUAGAGCAACACUGUAUCGUCGAUGCAAACUACUUUACGACUUUGACAGUGAGACAUCCAUGGUCUACCGUGCUCAAUCGGCUCUUCUACUCUCGCAUUGGUCGCCAAACUUUACGCAUGCAUUCAAGAAAGCAAACUCUACCUGGCUUGGCAUUGCUAUUCAGGACGCUAAAAGCGCCGAGGCUCACCACUACUCAGCAAUGCCGACCUACUCUGCCACAGCCAACCCAGCUCAAAGAAAGAAGCAGAAUGUUUUGAAGCGGCUUUGGUGGUGUUGUAUCCUCCGAGACAGAAUUUUACCGCUUGGACUCCGGCGAAGCCUGAAAAUUACGAGGGCACACUUUGACUUCGACGCACAACCGGGUCUUGGUUAUCUAGAUUUAGCCGACGAAAUCGAUCGGUCAAAAGUGUACAAUUCGGGAACGAAAAGGUGUCUCAUUGAGAUAUUUGUACAGUUGGUUGAGUUGGGCACUGUUCUCACAGAUCUGAUUAUGCUUGUGUUUCCUCUGGACGACUCUCCGGGAUGGGGCAAACAAGGCGGACCUGAAGACGCGAACAAAGCUCGGGAAUGUAGGCACGCUCUUCGGCGCUGGUAUAAGGGCGCUACUUUGAGGUUUCCACCUUUUGGUGGCGAUGCAGUCGCACGUAUGGCCGUACCGGGAAUCGAAGAUUCUGAGCAUGAUUCAGUGAUACUGUAUACCAACCUGAUGUACAUGUAUUAUCAUUCUGCUCGAGUGGUCCUUAGCCACCACGAAGUGCUUCAUACGGCGGUUGCAGCUGUAUCCCCAAAUCUCACAACCAACAUGCAAGAGUUCUCGAACAUCUAUGAAAACCGCCAUGAGCUGCAAGAUGCAGCCUCUGGAGUAACAGAGUGCCUUAAAGAGCUGAUACAAAUGCGACUAGCUCGCUGGCUACCUAUCCCAGCAGUCGCAUGCACUGCUUUGCCGCUUGUACUACACAUUAUUGACGUCAAGCUCUCAACAUACAACAAGAGCACAUCAUCAGCUAUCACUACUCCGCAACAGGCAGUGAAGCAGCAUCGCUUAAACAUUCUCAUAGAAGCAAUGAAGACAUAUCAGCCACAGUAUGAUGGUGUAGACUAUGUCAGCGAAACGAUUCGACAUAUCGUUACUCUGGCUCAAUUGGACACACCAGCCCCUCCUUCUGUCACCAAUCCCAUCAACGACUGGCAGGAUAUACUAGCAUCGCAGCCCGGCUGCUAUCUUCGCCUGGCUAUGACCAUGGACCUUAGUCUCAGCAAGGGCCGACUGCCAGAAGAAGCCGACUUUCCAGCCAGUCUCCGGGGUCUUUUCACAGCGGGCUAUAGCUCCGUGAAGGCUCUCAUGGAGGCUGGAAAGACAACCCUGUCACCAUUACCUCGACAAGGCGCUUACGUCAACCCUGCAGAUCAACUAUUCUUUUCAAUGAAUAUGCCAGUAGCUCCCGGAACCGUACAAUCUCUGCCUUCUGACGCCGGAACAGACUCGCCAUCAUCAUCCGAUGAUCGCGCAGCUUUCGAGGACAAUUCUCUACCUCAGCACAAUUAUGGCGAGGAUCUGCGCAUGGUAGAUCACGGCUUUGUGGAUGCGGCCAUUGAGAUGGAGGGUCUAGCCGGUGGAGUGCUGGCUGCAUACACGUUACAGCAAGACUCACCCCAAAGCUCCAGUAGCUACAGCGAUGAGAACGGCACAGUCUUUGACGGGGAAACGACCAUGACGGAUUGGAUCGAUAACGCCUGGGGGAGCGAUGUACAUCCCGAUGCUGCGAACAGGGGUGAUCAAGAGACUGCUCAGGCGCUUCUUGAUGCUAUUGCCAAUGGCGAGGGUGUUGGGAUUGAAUGUAGCGCUUGAUUCAUGAAUGAUGAUCUGUCACGAUAAGGCCAACGGGUUGGAUUCGGAGUUUGGGCUGCAUAGCAUAGCGAUUUGAUAAAUGGCUGAGAUUAGUUUCCAAAAUGAAAGACAACAAUGAAAAGUUGGUAUUCGGACCAGAUCAAUACCAAAACCCAAAUUCCUAAACUACAAUGUAUGUGUGGCUGAAAGUAGAAUACCCGACCGUAUUUCGUGUCCCGCCGCUGCGCUUCACAAUCUUAUUGUUUGUUCCAUAUAUAGAAAGAGACAUACAGUUCAAGCCAUCACCAGGGCCAUAUUACUUUAACGACCCGGGCGCUUGGUUUGACUGCUGACUAUCUUCGCUUACCCGUGGUCAAUUUCCGUUCAUACUAUGUAAUAAACUCAGCCGCAGAUGACCA